UGAUGUAAUGACACUUGAAUAAUGAAGUACACUUCCUCAAGUACUUCACACCCUCCUCGUCGGUCUGUAACCUGAAAGAGUCACAUUAGGCCUGCUCCUCCUUUUUCCCCGGCGCACAGCAAUUACGUGUAAACUACCAGUCCCAUGAUCCCCGGCGUCGUCAGACAGGAAGAACGUGUGUUAGCAGGGGCUCACACUGAUCCAAGUUAGGAGCUCUCAGCUGCUGGCCUUGGCCCAUCAUGUAAGUGGCUGCCGAGGUUUCUUUGCAGAGCGGUUGCAGAAAUCCCCUUGUUUUCGUUGCGUGCAAUUGAAGGGCCAGCAUUUGCACGGAGAACAAGUUACCCGACGCCCAAAGGCUCCGAGUGCAUGAAGAUCGCGGCUUGUAUUUUGCACCUUUGUUGCAAGCAAGCCCGCUUGAAGCCUCACUGCGAGGGAUAGAUGGAAGGAGGGAGCGACAAGGAAAGCAAAGUCUUUUGUGCUUCCCCUUCCCCCAACCCAAAAGAGGAGAUGUCGCUGCCAAAACCAGGUAAAAAGAAGCCACCACUCAAGCUUCCAAAAGAGGUGUUUGAGAAACCCCAACCUGCUCCUACACCCCCGAGAGACCUUGACUCUAAAGCCUAUGUUACCAUUGGAGAAAAGAACUUUGUGGUGAAGGCGGAUGAUUUGGAGCAGAUUGGAGAGUUGGGGCGAGGGGCGUAUGGAGUGGUGGACAAGAUGAAACAUGUCCCAAGUGGAGUAAUAAUGGCAGUAAAGCGAAUCCGGGCCACAGUAAACACACAGGAGCAGAAACGGCUGCUAAUGGAUCUGGACAUCUCAAUGAGAACAGUCGACUGCUUUUAUACCGUUACCUUCUAUGGAGCCCUGUUCAGAGAGGGUGAUGUGUGGAUCUGCAUGGAGCUGAUGGACACCUCUCUAGAUAAAUUCUAUAAACAGGUGCAGGAAAAGGGUAUGACCAUCCCUGAAGACAUCCUGGGAAAGAUCACCGUUUCUAUUGUGAAAGCAUUGGAGCAUCUCCACAGCAACCUGUCAGUGAUACACAGAGAUGUGAAACCCUCUAAUGUCCUGAUAAACAUGCAGGGUCAGGUGAAAAUGUGUGAUUUUGGCAUCAGCGGGUACCUUGUGGAUUCAGUGGCGAAGACAAUGGAUGCCGGCUGCAAGCCAUACAUGGCGCCUGAGAGAAUCAACCCAGAGACCAAUCAGAAAGGCUACAACGUCAAGUCUGAUAUCUGGAGUUUAGGAAUCACAAUGAUCGAGCUGGCCAUUCUGCGGUUUCCUUAUGACUCGUGGGGAACGCCAUUUCAGCAGCUGAAGCAGGUGGUUGAAGAGCCGUCGCCCCAGCUGCCUGCAGACCGCUUCUCACCCGAGUUUGUGGACUUCACGUCACAGUGCUUAAGGAAGAAUUCCAAAGAGCGGCCAACUUACACAGAACUAAUGCAACAUCCCUUUUUCACUCUCCAUGACUCCAAAGACACCGACGUCGCUAGCUUUGUGAAGAGCAUCCUCGGGGACUGAGAACGUCCCUCUCAGCAAAACUGAUGUGUUGCUGCGGGGGGAGACGGGACUAUUUCAGAAAAAGCACCAAUAGCAAGACUAACAUCUGUAAGACACGCCCACCUCAGCAGACAGCAGUGAACAGGCACACAGGAGGGUCUGGGGAAAGAACACCGAAAGUGAGGGUGGGCGGGGCGGGGCGUUUCCUAGCAACACAUGGAGUAGGGCAUGGGGCGGGAAUCUCAGCGCGUGCGUGCAUGUAUGUGUAGGUGCGUGUGUGAGAACAAGCGCGUUUGUGUGAGAGUGUGUGUGAAUUCUUCACCUGCCUGUAUGUGCAUACAUGUGCAUUAAAAGGUUUUACAGUCCCAAGUCAAACUUCAUCUAUUGGUCAGUCUCAGUCCUCCUCCAGCUUUACCUCUCAAUCCAAAAAGCAGUAAAAAGCAGUUUUAGCAUCAGGUGAGUCUGCUAUAGAUGUCUGUUGAGUUUCCCCACUGGCACUUCAGUGUAAUUCUUAAAGUAUUCAGAAAUGUUACCUACCCCCACAACGUCCAUUUCUUCUUCUUCAAAAUAAAAAAUAUAUAUAUAAAGAGAGAGAGAGAGAGUGUGGUAUAGAUAUAUUUAUCUAUUAUCUAGAUAUGUAUAUACUCAAAAAAAAAAAAAAAGUUAAAUACAUUUGUUAAAUGAGGACAAUAUUCUGUGUUGGCUGUAAGAAGUGAUGGUUAUUAAAGUGAAUGAUUGGAGCAUCUUUCUUAUCUUUUUUUUCUGAUUUUGCAAAGACUGAUUGGUACAUUUGUGUCACUGAAGGCUAAUCUCGGAUCAGUUUUUAAAUGCUAUUGUAAUCGUGAGCGACUAUGCCCAUAGAGCUGUCCCUGAAUCAGAUGGACAGAAGUGAAAAGAUCGCUUUUCACAUACCCUCCAUGAACUCUGUGUGUGAGUAAAUGGGUGUAAACGCUUGUGUGCUUUAUAUGCUGUUCGUCUAAACCAAGGUAAUUUUGGGCAAAAGGUAUCUAAGUCUGUUGGCUACAUCUAGACCUCUCUGAUCUGAGCCAAUCCAAAAAAUUCUCACCCUCUUCAAUUGCAAUCCAACUGGAAAUUAGUAUAAUUAUUAUCAUUAUUGUUAUUUUAUUAUUAUUAAUAUUAUUAUUUUACACAGUGCAUAUGUAUUAACAGUAAUGAGGUGUUCUGCAGUUUCUGUAUGUUUUGUAACUGCUGUUUUUCUCAUUGGAAACUUGACAAUUUCUUUUGAAUUUUACGGUGGUGUGCAGGUAUGAGCGUGUGGUCAUUUGUGAAAGCGCGUGUGCACGUGUCUGCAUGUGAGCAUUAUAUAAGUCUGAACACACGUAGCUGACAAUUCUUUCAAAGCCUCACUGUGACUUGGAAGCCUGAUUUUGUGCCUCUCUAUAGACAAAAAAAUAAAAUAAAAAAUCUAAAACAAACUACAAAACCCACGCUGCUUUGUCAUAAGACAUGCUUUGCUUUCCACAGGCUUCAGGUGAGGACGGAGGGGUCUGUUGUUUUGCUUUCUGGGCUUCUGGUUUUAUUCUCAUAUAAUUUUUGUAAGGUGGAGAUGAUGAAUGUGUAUUGAGAGUGUGUACGUGUGUGUGUGUGUUUUUGUCUUGUGACCACUGUACACAGAAUGGAUAACACUGCUGAUUUGCCUGUAAUCGUUAUAUUGUUUGAUUCAAACAUAAAAGUUCUCUUAUCUUCACUGUUUCUUUUUGAUAUGCAACAUUAAACAUCAGGAUUUA